UUGUAUCCAGUUGACACCCUGGUAUGUGUUUGGGAUUUGGCUUGUGUCUGUAUUUAGUAAGCACAUAUUAUUUAUUAACAAUGACAUGUAAUAAAAAAUACUUGCCAUUUAAAAGCAACAAUGCCACCUAUGUGUGUAAAUCUUCACUCUUUAUAAAAUGUUUUUAUAUAGAUUAUCUCCAUUUUACCACAAACUGAUCAAAGGUAGGCACUUGCCCAUUUUUCACAAAGCUAAGGUGAAUCAGCCUCUCACACGUCACCCCUGUAAUCCUACCCCGUGUAAUCCCAACAUGGGAAGAAUAUGUAGCAAAAUCAGAGAAUGGGACGCCUGGGUGGCUCUGACUUUUGUUCAGGUCAUGAUCUCAGGGUCCUGGGAUCAAGCCCCGUGUGGAGCUCUGCUCUCAGUGGAGAGUCUCCUUUCCUCUGCCUCUGCGCCUCCCUCUGCUCAUGCUCACUUGCUCACUCUCGCAAAUAAAUAAGGAAAAUCUUUACAAAAAAAAAAAAAAUCAGUAGAGGAAAAGGCGCGUGGGGGCAAGUGAGGAGCCUGUGCAGCUUCCAGAGUCUUCUCCCAGGGGAGUCAUGGGAGUGCUCCCUCCCACCGCCCCCCCCACCAGCAAGGAGCGUGAACUGUUGCCAACCUGGGACCCCCAGAGACAGCCCAGCGCUGAUGUUGAUGGCUGGUCACGUGGGUAUCCUCUGCUUGGCACGCACCCAGAUUGCAGAAUCCUGGAAGGAAAGCCGGUAUCCUCUCAAACUACAAAAUUUAGACACAGUGGGCUGCCCUUCCUGGUCGGUGGCAGGGAGGUCCUCUCCAAAUCCCGGUUCCCCAUGCCAUCCAGGGGCCAGCCUUGCCGCAGGCCUUUGGAAGGCCCACAGUCUCCUUGUGCAGGUGAGGCAGCUGGACCUGCCGCCAGGAGAAGCUGUCUGGGCAGUGCGGCCCCAGAGGUGCUGGAAACUUAGAGGCAGUUCCUCGGUAGCAAGUGGCCCAGCAAUGGCUGCGCUGAGGUCCGCCUGCUUUGGAGGCCCGUUUCUACCCGGCCUGCCUGCCUGUCUGUGGCAGGGAGACAAAUUUAGGAAUACUAAGCUGACAAAAAACUUCACGUCUAAUUGUAGGGGAAUGUCAUUAGAGCUGGGUUUGGUCUGGGGACCAAAAUGCUGAGGACUUACGGCCCAGUGGAUCUGCAUGGUUUAUGCUCACAUGUGGUUUUUAAUCUUCAGAGCAAUUUCAGAGACGAAGAAGCGGCUCAGAGCUACCGACCGAAAGGUCCCCCAUGGGGCUGGGGUCCUCGCCCCACGCUCUGCUUUUAGCUGCUGUGCUCGGCACAAGAUGGUUUCAUGCUUUUCUUCUCCAGUGGCUCCUCCCGUCAUCUUUCUGCUCAACUGUCACUGCUUGACCCAAACAAAAAUAACUUACUCAGGUGGUGGGUUUUCUUGUCCCUACAGUUUGCCGUUGCGUUGGAUCCAUGCCUUCGCAGGAUGAAAAGCACAGGGAUGCGCCUGGGUCCUGGCAGAUCCCUGGGACUGACGUCACAUGGACAUCGUCAGAGAGCCUGUGAAUCCCAGGCUGUGCAGGUGCAGCGAAAACCCCUCAUGGCUGGAGACAGUACUUCAGGGUUGGGGCCUAGCAGGAAUCAGAUCUUGGUAGAAACCAAGUCCAAGCACUUGUGGGUGAGGCGAGCAGAGCCAGAUUCAAGACCAGAGGCCAAACUCGGGAUCUGACAAGAUGGCCGGGCUGUCCCCCAGCAUUAUCAAGGUAACCCAGCAUUUGCUGGCAGAACCAGUUCCUGGCAUUAAAGCAGAACCAGAUGAGAGCAACGCCCAUUAUUUUCAUGUGGUCAUUGCUGGCCCCCAGGAUUCCCCCUUUGAGGGAGGGACUUUUAAGCUUGACCUAUUCCUACCAGAAGAAUACCCAAUGGCAGCCCCUAGAGUAUGUUUCAUGACCAUAAUUUAUCAUCCGAAUGUAGACAAGUUGGGAAGAAUAUGUUUAGAUAUUUUGAAAGAUAAGUGGUCCCCAGCACUGCAGAUCCACACAGUCCUGCUAUUGAUCCAGGCUUUGUUAAGUGCUUCCAAUCCAGAUGAUCCAUUAGCAAAUGAUGUAGCGCAGCGGUGGAAGACCAACAAAGCCCAAGCCAUAGAAACAGCUAGAGCAUGGACUAGGCUAUAUGCCCUUAAAAUCAAUCUGAUCAUCAAGUAUGCAUCACUUCUCCUGUCCUGCCAAGACUUCUUCCUUUUUUGUUUGCAUUUAAUGGACACACAGUCUUAGAAACAUUACAGAAUAAAAGCCCAGACAUCUUCAGUCCUUUGGUGAUUAAAUGCACAUUAGCAAAUCUAUGUCUUGUCCUGAUUCACUGUUGUAAAGCAUGAGCAGAGGCUAGAAGUACCAUUUGGAUUGUUGUGAAACGUUUAAAAGCAGUGGCCCUUCUCUGCUUUUAUUCAUUUCCCCCCUCAUGGUUUGAGUAUAAAGCACUGUGAAUGAAGGCAGUUGUCAGGGUUAGCUGCAGGGGUGUGCGUACUUUUCUUUAUUACUUUUUUUGAGGGGGAGAGGUAGUUUUAUUUUAAUUUUAUGGGCUCCUUUCCCCCUUUUUAUGGUGAUCUAAUUGCAUUGGUUAAAAGCAGCUAACCAGUUCUUUAGAAUAUGCUCUCUAGCCAAGUCUAACUUUAUUUAGACACUGUAGAUGGACAAGCUUGAUUGUUUGAACCAAAAUGGGAACAUUAAAUAAACAUCACAGCCCUCACUAAUAACAUUGUGACUUUGCUGUCAAGUGUAGAAUCCUUCCUUCAAGAAAAAACUUGUGACCAUUUUGCAUGGCUUGUCUGGAAACUUCUGUAAAUCUUAUGUUUUAGUAAAAUAUUUUUUGUUAUUCCACUUUGCCUUAGUACAGUUUGUUUUACUGUGUUUAUGUCAUUUUCCCAAUGUGACAUUCGUAUUUAAAAAUUAAAACUGAUGGAACAUUCUCUUUUAGUCUUUACCACCUGACAAGGUGAUCUGGCAAGAGGUAGAUUUUGCCAGUUUCUUUUCACUGAUGCAAACUUGUGUAAAGAUAUCACUGAAUGCAGUAUUUACAAGCUGGCCCUGAGCAUGCAUAAAGCAUCAGUAUUUGGUAUGUUUUUACCUCCUAGAAAUUUGAAUAAAUGUGUUUGUGUUGUCUGGUUAGUAAGAGGAUCAUUGGUGUCUGCCAAGAUGUUUGGAACUUACUGUGCAGGAGAGUCACAGCAAAGCAGAGUUGUGACUGUGUGUAGGACUCACAUGUUCUGCCACAUUUGUUUGUGUCUGGCAUUUGGGAUAUGACCUAUUUCUCAGUCCUUGUCUGGAAAUUUCACGUGUAGCCACUGGUGUGUGCUAUUAGGAAACACCAAUCUGAUAAUCAUGUGGGGUUGCUGAGGCUUUUAUGAGUCUUCCUUAUAGACCUGAUGAGCAGAUCUCAAGCAGCGAGCCUGCGUAAGUGUCUUCUGGAAGGUUCCUUCCUUUGAGAGUAUUAGAUCCUCAGUUAAUGAUUCUUUCAUAUUUGCUAUGGGAGCUCCUAUUGUUUGAUAUUCAGUGAUUUUUUUUCUGCAUUGACAGAGUUCCUCCCCUCAAAAAAACUGUUCUUUCCCACCCUUCUCCGUAUCGAAUUCCCUAUCCUUGCUCUUUGUAAGUCAUCAGGAUAGCCAGUCCUAAGUACGUAAAUGUUAACCCGUGGGUUGGAACCUUU